AUGCAAUUACAUUCACUUAUCGCUUCAACUGCGCUCUUAAUAACGUCAGCUUUGGCUGCUACUUCCUCUUCUUCCAGCAUACCCUCUUCCUGUACCAUAAGCUCACAUGCCACGGCCACAGCUCAGAGUGACUUAGAUAAAUAUAGCCGCUGUGAUACGUUAGUCGGGAACUUAACUAUUGGUGGUGGUUUGAAGACUGGUGCUUUGGCUAAUGUUAAAGAAAUCAACGGGUCUCUAACUAUAUUUAACGCUACAAAUCUAACCUCAUUCGCUGCUGAUUCCUUGGAGUCCAUCACAGAUUCUUUGAACCUACAGAGUUUGACAAUCUUGACUUCUGCUUCAUUUGGGUCUUUACAGAGCGUUGAUAGUAUAAAACUGAUUACUCUACCCGCCAUCUCCAGUUUUACUUCAAAUAUCAAAUCUGCUAACAACAUUUAUAUUUCCGACACUUCGUUACAAUCUGUCGAUGGAUUCUCAGCCUUGAAAAAAGUUAACGUGUUCAACGUCAAUAACAAUAAGAAAUUAACCUCGAUCAAAUCUCCAGUUGAAACAGUCAGCGAUUCUUUACAAUUUUCGUUCAACGGUAACCAGACUAAAAUCACCUUCGAUGACUUGGUUUGGGCAAACAAUAUCAGUUUGACCGAUGUCCACUCUGUUUCCUUCGCUAACUUGCAAAAGAUUAACUCUUCAUUGGGUUUCAUCAACAACUCCAUCUCAAGUUUGAAUUUCACUAAGCUAAACACCAUUGGCCAAACCUUCAGUAUCGUUUCCAAUGACUACUUGAAGAACUUGUCGUUCUCUAAUUUGUCAACCAUAGGUGGUGCUCUUGUCGUUGCUAACAACACUGGUUUACAAAAAAUUGGUGGUCUCGACAACCUAACAACCAUUGGCGGUACUUUGGAAGUUGUUGGUAACUUCACCUCCUUGAACCUAGACUCUUUGAAGUCUGUCAAGGGUGGCGCAGAUGUCGAAUCAAAGUCAAGCAAUUUCUCCUGUAAUGCUUUGAAAGCUUUGCAAAAGAAAGGGGGUAUCAAGGGUGAAUCUUUUGUCUGCAAAAAUGGUGCAUCAUCCACAUCUGUUAAACUAUCGUCCACUUCCAAAUCUCAAUCAAGCCAAACUACUGCCAAGGUUUCCAAGUCAUCUUCUAAGGCCGAGGAAAAGAAGUUCACUUCUGGCGAUAUCAAGGCUGCUGCUUCUGCCUCUAGUGUUUCUAGUUCUGGCGCUUCCAGCUCUAGCUCUAAGAGUUCCAAAGGCAAUGCCGCUAUCAUGGCACCAAUUGGCCAAACAACCCCUUUGGUCGGUCUUUUGACGGCAAUCAUCAUGUCUAUAAUGUAA